CCGCGGGGCAGCGGCUUCGCACCCGUGGAAUGCCGAGGGGGCGGCGGGCGCGGCGGCUCCGCGGAGCGGGGGACGGGAUCCCGCGAAGAUCUGUUCUCCGGUAUCUGGCUCUAGCGAGCGGUGGCUGGAGUCCUUAGUGCUGCUGUCAUUUUAAUUUCGUGUAUUCAGUUUGUAAACCUUUCUUCAGCCAAAGAUUUUCCUGUCUGUCCUUCCCUGGAAGCCUGCCCAUCAGGUUGGCUGUAUUUCCAGAGGAAAUGCUACUACUACCUGUCAGAGAAUGAAGCCGACUGGGACUCCAGUCAGAGCCACUGCUCUUUGCACGGUGCUUCCCUCCUGGUGAUCAAGAAUCAUCAGGAACUGAGUUUUAUGAUGAAGAUAACAAAGCAAGACCCAUGGAUUGGACUCUAUAAAAGAAAUGAAGAGUUCUUUUGGGUGAAUGGAAAAGCAUUAGACAAUGAACUAAUUGAGGUAAAAGGCUCUGGAAACUGUGCCUAUCUUGAGUCAAAAGGAGUCUCAGCCUCUGGAUGUUAUUUAACCAGAAAGUGGGUCUGUAGCUUGACCAUUAACUCAGCGCGAUGAAGUUGGAUGAAGCCACCCCCUGACAUUUUCACCUAUCUCUGAUGUGGUGUCUACACAGGCUGUGUCAAUACUCUGCAACCUGGGAACAUGUCUCAGCUCCUGCCUGAAGGUUGGUUUGUUUUCCCAUCAGUGUCAUCUAUGGAGAGAGUCCAAAAAUAGGAAAUUUUGGUUCUGAAAGGGGGGUUGGAGAAACUGUGUGCACAGUAGGUUAUAAUGAAAGAUCUUCUGUAAUCUGACUCUUAAGAGGUGCAGUUACCAUUCUCUUCUGUGAUGUUAAGAAACAAAGGGUCAAGCUAUAAACUCACUUUACUCAUAGUAGGGUCUGAUGAAGUACUUCAAUAGCCAUUUUUUUUCUUUUUAAAUCAGUGACUGCUUAAAAAGUAGGUAAGAGCUUCAGUAAGGCCCUGCAAAAACGUGUGUAAUUACAUGACCAAUAGCAAGAAUGCUCAAAUAGUAGAUGUUUCAUGAAUGUUUUUUAAACCUAAACACCACUACGAAUCUAAGAGGGAACAAACCAAUCCUCUUCCCCACACGUGCUGCACUGAGUUUGGGGGAUUUUUGUUUUUCUUGUUUCCUUUUACAUAACAGCAGUUUUUCAAAUGAGCUGCUGAUGCUGCAUUUUGGAGGGUAAAUAUGUGUCAGGGAUUUUUUGUUUGAAGGGAAGUCACUGAAGGUACAGUUUGCUUUUUAAUCUGUAGCCCCAGAGUCCUCUAUUCUUUCAAAAGGAUUUGUUUCUCUCAUUGCUUAUAAGGACUUUAAUUCCAGUCUGUGUGAUCUUUGUUAGAGUAACACGUUCAAUUCAUUAAAUUUGUUCUUUUUUUCAAAUAUAUGGAUGUAAUAAAGGCACUAAGUCAGACUGCU